AUGGAGACAGAAAAAGUAAUAAUCCAUAAUCUGUCUGAUGGUCGUGAUGAUGACAUCUUCAAGUGUCUGAUACCUCUUUCAGAUGCUAUUCAUUACAAAAAUCAUGAUGUGGUCAAACUAUUGGAGAAGCAUGGUGCAAAGCCUUUGAUGGCUCCCAUGCAUGUCAAAAAUUAUCGUGAAAUUCCUGAAUACGAGAUUGAUCCUGAAGAACUUGAUUUCACUUUUGGUGCUGAGAUAAAGAAGGGAACAACUUUCGAAGUAGCCUCCUGGCGAGGAACAAAAGUUGCAGUGAAAAAGUUUGGAGAGGAAGUCAUCUCUGAUGAAGAUAAAGUGCGGUCAUUUAGAGAUGAGCUUGCUUUGCUUCAGAAGUUAAGACAUCCAAAUUUGGUUCAGUUUCUUGGUGCUGUUACACAAAGCAGCCCCAUGAUGAUUGUGAUAGAAUAUCUUCCAAAGGGUGAUCUGCGUUCAUUGUUGGAGAAAAAAAGAGCCCUUAAACCUACCAUAGCUCUCAGAUAUGCGUUGGAUAUUGCAAGAGGAAUGAAUUAUUUACAUGAAACUAAACCAGAAGCAAUUAUUCAUCGACAUCUGGAGCCUUCAAACAUAUUGCGAGAUGAUUCUGGACAUCUCAAAGUUGCAGACUUCGGAGUUACCAAGCUACUAAAAGUUGCCAAAAGGGUUAAAGAAGAUAGGCCUCUAUCAUAUCAUGAAGUUUCUUGCCGAUAUGAAGCUCCUGAGGUUUUCAGGGAUGAAGAAUAUGAUACCAAGGUGGACGUUUUUUCAUUUGCUCUAAUUUUACAAGAGAUGAUUGAAGGAUGCCCACCAUUUUAUACAAAGAAAGCAGGUGAAGUUCCUGAUUUAUAUGCCAUGAAACAGCGCCCUCCUUUUAAAGCUCCAACGAAGUUUUAUGCCCAUGGAAUAAAAGAAUUGAUUGAGGAAUGUUGGAGCCAAAUUCCAGCAGAUAGACCAACAUUUGAGCAAAUAAUUCAUAAGCUGGAAAUCAUCUACAACAAAUUUGGCCACCGAAGUCGUUGGAAGGUCAGACCAUUGAAAUGUUUCCAGAGAGUGGAGGCCAUGUGGAAGAAAGAUUUAGAUCCCUCUUCUCGAUCUACCAGCAGCAUUUAGGUCAUCUGGGUAUACUUUUGUCUUGGCUCAAGUAUGCAGUUUUACUUCUUUUUCCUGCUAUGAGAAUUUCCAGCCAAAGUUAGAAGAGAUUGAUUGCUAUCUGUACCGCACAAGGCCUUUAGAAUAUUUGCAAAAUAGUUGGCCCUCUUGCCACAUUGUUCACAUCUCCUCAUGAUUAUUAGUGACAUUGAGUUCACUCCCAGUGUCGAUAACUUCCGUAUUCUCUUCAUUAGUAUGAAUUUUCAUCAAAAUCUUGUUCAUUAACGCA